GGAUGAUGUAUUUUGACGGACAACAACAUAGGCGAACUAGCCAAUGGCUAAGUACCCUAGUUGAAACCUGUCACGACGGUGUAAAACCAGUUUCAGGGUUAAAAGCGGUCCUUAUUUAAACCCUUUUGUUUGAAAGGGUUCCAGAGGCGAAUAAAUGUCCGAGGCACCAGAACUUCCUAACACCAAAGAAGGGGAGGAAACCACAUCCGAACCAGAGGAGCCAUCUGACGACAGCAGUGAGGAGGAAGCGACUGGAGACUCUGAGAUGGACUUCCUGCGGAACUUGUUCUCCCGCAAUCUUGGCAUCGGCUCCCCAGAAAAGUUUUUGGAUGACUUGACUUUGGAAGGAGUGGCCAAAUAUAUCCUGAGUGGCAAAUGUAAAAACAUCAUCUGUAUGGCUGGAGCUGGUAUAUCCACUUCUGCUGGGAUUCCCGAUUUUCGCUCACCUGAUACUGGGCUGUAUGCAAACAUGCAGAAAUAUAAUCUGCCCUACCCGGAAGCCAUCUUUCAAAUAGAUUACUUUAAGAAACAUCCAGAGCCCUUCUUUGCAUUGGCCAAGGAGCUUUAUCCAGGACAGUUUAAGCCGACCGUGUGUCACUACUUCAUGAAGCUGCUGAAGGACAAAGGCCUCCUGAAACGCUGCUACUCACAGAAUAUCGACACCCUGGAGCGAGUGGCCGGGCUUGAGAGCGGGGAUCUAAUUGAAGCUCAUGGUACCUUUUUCACGUCCCACUGCGUCAAAUUCACCUGCCGCAAAGAGUACAACUUGGACUGGAUGAAAGAAAAAAUAUUUUCUGAUGAUAUUCCCAGAUGUGAAAAAUGCAACAGUCUGGUCAAACCAGAUAUCGUCUUCUUUGGAGAGAGCCUACCGGUGCGGUUCUUCACGUCAAUGAAGAUGGACUUCCCACGUUGUGAUCUUCUUAUCAUCAUGGGGACAUCUCUGCAAGUCCAGCCUUUUGCAAGUCUCAUUAGCAGGGUUUCCAAAAGCUGCCCAAGAUUGCUCAUCAACAUGGAAAAAACAGGCCAGGGUGAUCCUAUGUUAGGCCUGCUGGGUUUUGGAGGAGGAAUGGAUUUUGACUCGGACAAGGCUUACAGAGAUGUUGCUCAUAUCAGUACAUGUGAUGACGGCUGUAUGGAACUAGCUAACCUGCUGGGAUGGAAGGCGGAGUUGGAAGAAUUAGUGAAGCGAGAGCAUUCCAGGAUCGACAGUCAGGACAAGGAAGCAAAGUCAAGUGAGAGCAAAGGUGCAAGCGCUUCAGCAGUGGUGUAAGGAGAAGUGAAGUCUUUUGGCAUGCUUGGCAGUUGUUCUUGAUGAAUUAUGAGCUAUGGAUACAGAUGAAAGUUUCAGUGCAGGCUUACAUGCUCCCAGAAUUCCUCACAUGUCAUGCUUUUGUAAUUUCUAUGCACUUAAAUUAAGAUAACUUGCUUCGGAUUUUCUAUGAAUGAUGAUAUGCUAUCUCAUAUCAUGCAGCUCUAUAUAAGGUAGUCUGCACGGGUUGUUUUUACUCGAUAAACAGUAAGAUUUUUCAACUGCUUUCAAUAAUUUACAUGAAGUUGACAGAAUUUGGACAGUGGAGGAUAAAUACAUUUACUACAAGAGUGGCAAGCUGGAAAGAUCUCCAGAUAUUUUAGUGUUUGUUUGUUUCUUCAUCAAAUUAUCGAACAUAACUUCUGUUGGAAUGGUCCUACGUAAUUUAUUCCUUACGAACAAUGUCAUUGUAAGUAAAUGGAAUGGAUUGUUAAUAUAUUAGUGCAAUAUGAUGAAGAGGUAUAUAUAAGAGGUUAUAAUGUCUAUUUUUAACUCACAUGCAUUCACUGUUUUGGUUUAUAUUUGCCCUAUUCAAUAACAUAUUGUGCGUGUUGCAUGAAAUAACACUGUAAUUAGGAGUGACUAUAAGUAUAACUAUAACUAAUAUUGUAUAUAAAAAGUCAUGAAAACUAAUAUCUGGCAAUAAAUUUUAUCUUUGUAAUUCA